AUGGCAAGCAUAGACGAAAUCUUCCAGAAAUCCGGCAUACCCAGUAAACGCAAGCUGGAGCCCAUCCGCGACCCAAGUGCCCGCCCCCCUCCCGACGACGACUACGAAGAACCAGGCGACGACGACGAAGGCCGCUUCUUCGGCGGCGGUAUCUCCAAGACUGAGCGCGAAAUCCUCGACUACAUCGAUACCUCCAACCCAGCUGCCAACUCCGCGACCGCGGACCUGUUACCCGAGGACGGCACACUCGAUGCAGGGAGUCUAAAGAAGCUGGCGCUUGCGUUCGAGAAGAAAAUAAAUCGGAAUGCGGAGCUACGUGCGCGGUAUGAGGACGAGCCAGCAAAGUUUAUUGAUAGCGAGGCGGAUCUGGAUGCGGCGAUUAAGGCGCUCUCGUUGUUGUCGGAGCAUCCGGGGCUGUAUCCGGAGUUUGUGAAAUUGGGGAGUGCGGCAAGUUUGGUGUCGUUGCUGGCACAUGAGAAUACGGAUAUUGCGCUUGCAGCGGUGGAGAUAAUUGGUGAGUUGACGGACGAGGAUGUGCCUGCGACGGAGGAGCAGUUUAGCGGGCUCGUGCAGGCGAUGAUGGAUGCGGAUUUGGUGGGGUUAUUGGUGAGUAAUUUGCAGAGGUUGCAGGAAGAUAAGGAUGAGGUUGAUCGAGAGGGGGUGUACCGGGUCCUCGGGGUGGUUGAGAACCUUUGCUCGAGCGCAAGGAAAGAAACUGUUUCGGAGCUUGGCCGCGAUAAGAGCUUGGUAACAUGGCUCUUGGACAGGGUUAAAAAAGAAGAGACUACGCCUGGUGUUGUGGUCUCCCAGAACCGGCAAUAUGCGGCCGAAAUCCUGGCCAUCUUGGUCCAGGAAAGUAGAGAAAAUCGCCGGCGUCUGGCAGAGAUGGAUGCUGUCGACCGCAUGCUGCAGCUUGUGGCGCGUUACCGUAAACGCGAUCCUGAGAAGGGCGGCGACGAGGAGGAGUACGUCGAGAAUCUCUUUGCUGCUCUGACCAGCCUUGUGGACGAGCCAGAGGGGAAGGAGAAGUUCGUGGAGGCAGAGGGCAUUGAGCUUAUCCUAAUCAUGCUGAAAGAUGGCGGGAAACUUGUCAAGCCCGCUGCGUUACGGCUGUUGGACCACGCAACAAUCGGUGGGGGUGCUGCCACAUUAGGAGUCUGCCAGCGUCUGGUCGAGGCCGGCGGGUUGAAGACCAUCUUCACCAUGUUCAUGAAGAAGGAUGACGCACGGAUUAUUGAACACCUGGUCGGCAUCUUCUCACAAAUGCUGCGCCUUCUGCCGGGCGACUCGCCUGAGCGGAUACGGACUCUAGCCAAAUUCGUGGAGAAGGACUAUGAGAAGAUCGAGAGGCUGAUGAAGAUCCGGCGGGACGUUGCUGCUAAGAUGGCUAGGGUUGACGCCAAGAUUGACGAGGAAAAAGCAGGUAUGAACGAGGAAGAGAGGGAAGAGAUGGAGGACGAGUGGUUCUCGCGGAGGUUGGAUGCCGGGUUGUUCACAUUGCAGACGAUCGAUGUCAUUUUGGCGUGGUUGGUCGCGGAGGAUGAUGGAGCGAGGAGGAAGAUAAAGGAGCUGCUGGCUGAUCGAGAUGAGACGUUUGAUGUGAUCAAGGCUACGAUCCAAGAGCAGAUCGACGGGAUUGACAUUGAUACCGAGGAGGGCAAGGAAAUGAAGGAGAUGCUGAAGACACUUGUUGAGUUCCUGCAAUAA